CCUCCACUUCCGGCCUCACGGACCCCCGGAUGCAGGACGGUUUCCGCUGUCAUGGCAGCCUGAGGUCCCCGGAGGGAGUCGGUGCGGCGGCUGCAGGCCCCUCCCUGCGGAGCCGCGGGUCGGGCGCGCGGGGAUGUGACGGCGGGCCCGGUCGGCCUGCCCCAGGCGUGCGGUCCACUGCCGUGUCAGCCAGCGCCCUCAGCCCGCGGCGAUGGCGGGGUCCGGCUGUGCGUGGGGCGCCGAGCCGCCGCGCUUCCUGGAGGCCUUCGGGCGGCUGUGGCAGGUACAGAGCCGCCUGGGGAGCGGCUCCUCGGCCUCCGUGUACCGGGUGCGCUGCUGUGGCACCCCGGGCUCGCCCCCCGGCGCCCUCAAGCAGUUCCUGCCUCCCGGGACUACCGGGGCCGCCGCCUCGGCUGCCGAGUACGGCUUCCGCAAAGAGAGGGCGGCUCUGGAGCAGCUGCAGGGGCACAGGAACAUCGUGACUUUAUAUGGAGUCUUUACAAUUCACUUCUCUCCGAAUGUGCCAUCACGGUGUCUGUUGCUUGAACUCCUGGAUGUGAGUGUAUCGGAAUUGCUUUUAUAUUCCAGUCACCAGGGUUGUUCAAUGUGGAUGAUACAGCAUUGUGCCAGAGAUGUUCUGGAAGCCCUUGCUUUUCUUCAUCAUGAAGGCUAUGUCCAUGCAGACCUCAAACCACGUAAUAUUUUGUGGAGUGCAGAGAAUGAAUGUUUUAAACUCAUUGACUUUGGACUAAGCUUCAAAGAAGGUAAUCAGGAUGUAAAGUAUAUUCAGACAGACGGGUAUCGGGCUCCAGAAGCAGAACUUCAAAAUUGCUUGGCCCAAGCUGGCCUGCAGAGUGAUACAGAAUGUACCUCAGCUGUUGAUCUGUGGAGCCUAGGAAUCAUUUUACUGGAAAUGUUCUCAGGAAUGAAACUGAAACAUACAGUCCGAUCUCAGGAAUGGAAGGCAAACAGUUCUGCUAUUAUUGAUCAUAUAUUUGCUAGUAAAGCAGUGGUGAAUGCUGCAAUUCCAGCCUAUCACUUACGAGACCUUAUCAAAAGCAUGCUUCAUGAUGAUCCAAGCAGAAGGAUUCCUGCUGAAAUGGCAUUGUGCAGUCCAUUCUUUAGCAUUCCUUUUGCCCCUCAUAUUGAAGAUCUGGUGAUGCUCCCUACUCCAGUGCUAAGAUUGCUGAAUGUGCUGGAUGAUGAUUAUCUUGAAAAUGAAGAGGAAUAUGAAGAUGUUGUAGAAGAUGUGAAAGAAGAAUGUCAGAAAUAUGGACCAGUGGUAUCUCUGCUUGUUCCAAAGGAAAAUCCUGGCAGAGGACAAGUCUUUGUUGAGUAUGCAAAUGCUGGUGAUUCCAAAGCUGCUCAGAAGUUGCUGACUGGAAGGAUGUUUGAUGGGAAGUUUGUUGUGGCUACAUUCUACCCGCUGAGUGCCUACAAGAGGGGAUAUCUGUAUCAAACCUUGCUUUAAUCAGUAACCUAAGACUUUCCUGUUUCUCCUCUUCCAUUUCCUGGAUUAUUGUAUUCUACACCUGAAUGCAGGAGCAUCCCUUUGCAAUUUUAAGAGGGGGUACUUGUACAUUUAUUUAAUCCUUCCAGUGUGCAGCCAGUGUCAAAGCAGUGACUGCAUUGCAAACGUUUGGCACUGAGUAGGACAAGACCUUUCAGCUAUCCAUGGAGGGGUUCUAGAGCAUCCAUGUGAGAAACCUCUUCUCGUGCAGUAGGGCAGGUGCUGCUCUUCAUUAUGUAACCUAAAGAGUUAUUAAUUAUUUCAUAUGAUCAUGAAGCAAGGAUCAGUUAGAUAUCAUAGUGAAUAUUAAAUUCAUUAGGGUUGGUGACAUCACAGAUUAUUCCUUUAUGUUGUCAGGUGGUCUUAUUGUUGAUAUCCAUAGCUGGCACUGAAUGCUCCCAAUAAUGUUAAGUAAUUGUCAAGCAGCAGUUACCCACUGUGUUCCUAACACUGAGUUAUGAAUUUUUUUAAGGGAGUACUGUAGUACUUAAUAUUCCUUUAAAGAAACUGCAGUGAGCCUAUCAACAUUUUUUAAAUUAUUAUUAAGGCUUUUUAAAUAGAAAGCUGAUGCUUGAUCUUGCACAAUUUUUAUGUCUAGUAUGUAUGCUUGAGUGGGUAUGCAAGUGUGAAAGAUUAGAGAAAAUUUGAGUCAGUGUUGUUUAUAGUGUGAAUCUUGUGAGCUAAUACAGUCUACACCCAUCUCCUUCCUACCCGUUCCAUAGCUAUAAUAUUUAGAAUAUUGGUGUUUUUUUUUUCCUUUGAUGGUUGGUCUGACUGAUAGAAUGUAAAUGACAAAAUAGUUCAUUCCUAAGAGACUUCAAAUAAAUUGGAGUCUAGACCAGGGUUAUAUUGAAACUCUUUAAGUAAUUGAAAAAAAAACAAAAAGUGGUACAUAUAAAUUACUCUAUCCUUCAGUCUAGUCUCUGGAUUGGCUUAUCUAUUUUUGUCUUGAAUCUUCUGUAAUUGUAAGAUCUCUCAAGAUAUGAUUCUACUUACUCUGAUAAAAAAAAUUGCAGUGUGGAUUAAAAAGGAAAUUGGAUGGACAGUGAAGGGAAAAGAAAAAAAUGCAAAGUGGAUAAUUAAGGAUCCUAUUUUUCUUCUAUUCUGCCUCUUAUCUGCCUCCCCUGUACUCUUGUUUUCUCCUCCAAUGCUUUGCCUCUGUCAUUAGCUGAAGAAACAGUAGAGGAACAGCAUCCCAGGUCAUCUGCCUUUGACUGUAGGAAGUAAAGAAAGGUACAGAUAUAAUAAGGUAGGAUAGAAAGAAAGAAGAAAAACUGGGUUAAAGGAUUCAUAACAAUAAAUGUGUUCCUGAAUAGACAAUGCCAGUAUAGUGUGUGAAGGCACAGGUUUUAAUCAACUUCAUUAAGUACUUUUUAAGAAUUAUAAUUGCGGAUUUUUUUCAGUUUAUGGUAAACUGCCUUUAAAGAUAUAUAAAAUUAGGAAUCCUUUAUGAAGCACUGAUUAUACAAAAAAUACGGUAAGUUGUAUACAGUUCACAAUCAAUCAUGAUUUUUUUCCUGUUUCCUUACCUGAAUGAAAAUUUGCUGCUGAAAGCUUACUCAUGUAGUCUUCCCUUGCAUGUAUCAUGCAAGUUACUGAGUCUUAAUUUUAAUUUUCGAGAAUUGUUUUACCAUGUUCAAACAAUCACUGACAUUUAGUUGUAGUAAUCAAAUUAUUCAGGAUUCUCCUUUAGUAUUUAUUAUGAAGCCAAAUUUGAUAUAAGGGGGCUGAUUUGUGAAUUAGCAAAAGAUCUUGUUGCAAUGUUCUCAAUAUGAGCCCUUAGAAGAACCAUUAUUUUUUAUUUUGGCCCUUUCAGGAGUGGAUUUGGUUGGUUGACUUUCAAGUCAGAAUCAGAGGACAUAAAUAGAACUGGUACUGUGAAGACCUGAGGUUUUCUAAAACAUCAGUGUUUGUAUGGCUAGCUAUUUCUACAGUAACUAGCAAGAAGAGUUCCUUCCUUAUAGACCUACUGAUGAACACAGUACAAAUAAAUUUCUUUUGAGGGCAAGUAUUUUAGGUUAACACAUGUACUUCUUUCCCCUACCCUUAACCAAGAAGAGAAAUCUUUACAAAGAAAUUGCAGGUAGGCUUUUAAGCUUAGUAGUGUAGUAUGCUGCUAACAUUAAUGCUGCACCUACGGUAUUCUUUGACCACCUUACUGUGGAUGUACUCAUACCUACUGUAGUGUUUAACACUGUAGAAUUUAUUACAGAAGAUGCUAACUAGAGAGGUGAGAGAAUAAUUGAUGGGCCUAAAUAACCAUGCAUUGAAUUAACUUUUAUAGUAAAUCCACAGAAUUGAGGAAAGUUGCUUACUAUGAUUUAAGUCAUUUGAUAGCUUUUAGCCCAUUCUACCAAAGAUGUUAUUUGCAGAUUCCCUCCCACCCUCCUCUAAUAUUAUAAGAAGUUUCAUCUUAAUAUCUUUCCUAAACUGGAACCAAAUAUAAAAAGAUACAAUCUUCAUGAUUCGCUUAGUAUGAAAUGUAUGCACAGGAAUUUUGAUUCUUUGAAAUGAUUGAAGACCUAGAAAUUUUCUUAUUGAGAUACAGGGUAAAGAGGUAAGUGUUCUUAUCUCUUCACCCCUAAUCUUUGGGGCAAAUUUUAUCUCAGGUGAUUUUUCUUUCUGUGCUUCCUUCCCUCUGGCCUUCUCAGUUUCUUCCUUAUUGUUCAUGGCAGUGCAUGGCACAUGAUGCCCCAGGAAAAGCAUAGUAAGUGAUUAUUUUAGAGGAACAUGGGUUCUUGAAAAGCAUAAUUGGAAGAGAUAGCAAAACUGUAUAGUUAGAGGAGAAAGGAAAUGAAUUGUACUAGCUAAAAGUAAGUGCUGACUACAUUUUAAAAUAAUUGAAGAAAAAUACUGUCCUUGCAAUAAGUGAUCUCGUUUAUGAACACUGGAUGUCUUCCUGGCUUUUGUGGCCAACAGAGCAUCUCUCUUUAGAGACAUUCCCUUUCCAGUACCUUGAGCCAAAACUAUGGCUAUAAAAGAACAAAAGCCACAAAUACAGUUUUACUCAUCCUGUUCUUCAUUUUAAUUUAGAGGUGUGUAACUUUCUCUUGGUACCCAAUGCUGAAGAGUUUUGAGAUAGGUUGUUAACCUGCUAGUAACAGUGCUGCCAUGUAGAAGAAGUUGAAGAACAAGUAUAGGCAUAAAUCUUAUUUCUGUUCCUACACUGGACUUUGUUCUGGUAAGAGGAUCAGAAUUAAAGGCAGAAUUAAAAAAAAAAAAACCUUUUUAGAUGCUAUUUCAUAGCUCUUUUUUUUAGUUCAUUGACCAAAUGCAGGUUACUCAUUUUGGCAUCAUUUUGUCUUAGGUCUUACUUUCUGACUUCCUAAAUUGGGUGUAUCUUACCUAAUUCUUCUAUCAGCUGUACUUCUCAGUGUGGCUUUCUUUUAUGAUUAAUGAAAAUCGCCACAAUAACUGAUAGUAAUUCUAACAAGAGGGUUAGGGAGUUAAGACACUCAGAAAAAUACAUUUUACCGAGGUGUAUACAAGAGUACAUACUAGGUGGCUUUAUUCAGAUUAGGGUACAGAUGGGAUCACAUCACAAUAUUUAGUCUGAUGUGUGCGUAAAGAUUUGAGCAAGUGCCUUUUGUUUCCUGGAAAAUUAAAACUCAUUUGGGUGAAAUCUCCCAAGUGGUAAUUAAACCUCUGCCUUUUUCUCAGAAUAAAGCUAUUGAGUCACAUAAUAUAACAUACAAAAGUCCAAAAUUUCCUUAGACUAUUCAUAUUUGAUUUUAUUCCAAUAUAAUAUAUGUUAGAAAAGUUCAGUUAUCUAGUAAAUCUAAUUCUCCCUUGGAUGUUCCCUUUUUGAAAUGAGGUCCCUUUCUCAAAUCUUAACACUCUCAUUGUCUAAUAUAAUUUAUUUUUGUCAAACAUAGUCACAUAUAGACCAGUUCUUAUUCACAAUUAGCCCAAAAGAAUUUCCAUUUCUUUUCAAGGUGCUUUGUAAAUCACCUUUAUUUUGAGAUGGUAAUUUUUCAAGUUACUGUUAUUAACUUUCUCAAUGGAUAUACAAACAUUGUGUCUCCAUUUUAUGAAGGUUACCAGAUUACCAGUCUCCUUUGGUACAUUCAUAUUUUAUGUCUUUAGAAUACCCAGAAUUUUAAAGAUUUGUUUUAAUUCUUUACUCACUAUGUUUAUCUUGCUUUUAUCCUAGCCAUCUCUCCCAAGUGUUUUUCACUGUUUUAAAUUAUAUGAUAACUGAUGGAUUUAUACUAUAGCAAAUACUGUGGACAUUUAGGAAGGCAAACAACAUUAAUUAUUUUUUUCUGUAAUUUUAUAGGAAAAAAUGGUCUGUCAAAAAUAUAAAGUAAGCAUUUAGGAAACUAUAUUUUAUAAAUGAUCAUGAAAGUGAUUGCAUUUUAUUCAUUUGUCAUGAAAGUGAUUGCAUUUUAUUCAUCUACAGCUCAGCACUUUUUUAAUUCUUUGUACUACAUAUGAGGAUUAUUAUUUUAAGUUGGCAUAGUUUGUGCCUUUUAGAAUUAUCAUAAACAUGAGUUACAUUUAUGGCACCAUGCAUACUGGAAAUCAGGGGAACUUUCCCAAUAAUUGCCUGAGUAUUACCAUUAAAUUGGGUAGCUGCCACAAUAACAUGGAGAAAAUUGAUGGCUCUUUGUAAUGCUGUGUAUAUGAAUUAAACAUUUUAAAGGCAAAGAAAAGCACUCUUACUUACCUUAUAUGACCAUUAAUCUUUGUUUUGUAAAAGAACUAAUUUUGUUUUACUACUUUAUAUAAUGAAAAUAAGUCAUUCACAGGGGAAAAAAAACUGGAACUGUUCCUUUUUAUUUUUUCUUUUCAUUUUAGGAAAGUCUUACAUAAAAACCAGAGCUACUUGCUUCUAUAAACUAUUGAUUAUCAGAAUUGCUUUUAGUCACUUUUUUUAAAAUCCCACAUUUGAAAUGCCUUGUCUCAAAAUCUCCCCUCAAUAAUAUUCAUGAUAUCAGGACAUUGAGUAUGUAAAAGCAAAUGUAGUGAGGUAUUCUAAAGCAUGCGUAUAUUGACUAAUCUCUAUAAUUAUUUGAAUUAUCUAUAUCUGAAUUAUUUAUUAGGAUGGGUUGUCAGAAGACUGAUAAAUUUAAUAGUAAAGAGAAGAAAGAUUAUAAAAAUAGAGAGAUGAAGGAAGAAAAUGGCUCUUACUGCUAUUAGUAAUCUUCCAUAUAGUUAAUCAUCUAAAAAUGAUAUUUAUUUUUUAAAAAUCCAGACUUGAUAGCUGUAGCAUAAAAACAUUGCCUUUUCUACACAUUCCUCAUUUCCCCCAGAAAAUUAUUAGAGUUUAUGAAACCAGUAUAAAUACUCAUAUUCAAUGUGUCUUAAUUUUUUAAAAGUAAAUAUUUAAAUCCCAGCUUUUUUGUAUUUGGUGUACACUACCAUCCAUGUGCAUCAAGGAUAGAAAGAAAUGGGAUCAGCUGUCUUGUAUGUGUUUCCUUUUGCUCACUGGAUACAGUGGGUGACAUUUGUAUGCACGAGCUGCACAGUUACAGCACCUUAUGGAACUUAGUAAUGUUUAUUUAUUAUAGUAAAAGAAAGUUUCAUUUUGUAGAUUACUUACUUUGCAGAAGUACAAACCUGUCAUAUCUUUCAUAUCUUUUCCAGAAGGAUUUACUCUUUCAAUCUGACUUCAUUUCUGAAAAAUCUUAAGUAAUUUAACAUUCCUUAAUAAUCCUUUGGACAGUGUCAAAUCUGAGGUAGAAGGAAUUUUUCCCUAAAAAGGGCUCCAUUUUUCCUGUCUUUUAAUCACUCUUGCAAAUCUGAUUAUGAUUCAUAAAGCUUAAGUUUAUGACCUCCUAUGUCAGCACUGGAGUAGUUAUUGGUCGUGAAUAUUAAAACAUUGCUACUAUUUUCCCUUGAAAACAUGGGAUUGCUGUUUUUGAUAAGAAGAUACGGUUAAAAAUGUGAAAGAUCACUUAAACCAAAGCCAGUUAAGAGGAGUAUUCUCUCCUGUUGGUUUACCUUCACCUCAGAACUACAAGAAUAUCACAAUAUACAACGAAUAGCUGUCUGUAACAUUUCUACCAGUUGUGUCAAUAGCAUAUUGGUCUUGACAUUUCUUGGCACUGUGGUUCUCUGUUUUUUGUGAUGUCUUAAUUUGUAAGUUAGUUUUUUGUUUGUUUGUUUAACUAAAUGGGACUAUAAAUGUAGAUAGAUGUGUGUCAGUACCAAGAAGUUCUUUUCUCAAAUCCCUAAAUUUCUGAUUUCCAUUAAGUCUAGUAUUUCUUUUUUCUUCUGAGUAGCAAAGGACUUUUAUUUUCAGUUUUCCUAUAGACCUAUAAAAUAUGAAUACUGUGUUUCAAUGGACUUAUUGCGUACUUUUUGCUGAAAUUUUUUUCUGUAAACACAAUUGCCUUGUUCAGUUUUGUUGUAAACUGACUUAAGAUGCACUGUUGAUAUGCUUUCCAGUGAGUGUUUGAUAAGAGUGAUAAAAUAAAGCUUAAAGAUAAAGGAA